UUGGGGGUGUAGUACUCCGUUGGGUGAAAGGGUCGAGGAAAAGCGAUCGAAAUCGCGUUAGUCCAGGCUGCCGAAUAAGAGCGUGCACGGCUCUAGAUGUUAAGUUAAUCGAUUUCUCUUUCUGUCGCUUCGACAGGGGUGUCCUCCCCUUUUCGCGAUCAGCCAAGAUGCCCCGGCUGCGUGAACGAGGCGGGCGCAACCUGUGGCUGAUUCUGACCGCCGCGCCUCCCUGCGUCCGGAAAUUCAGCCACGCUCGAUUCUCAAACUCCCCUCAGUGCCAUUCUCACCGUUCGACCGCUUACAUCGACGGUGGUGGUUCUCCACGUUCGAGAAAAGCCCAGCCUCUCGUACCUCGGAUCCGUGAAGUUUAAUUAGUCGACGGCGAUGCAACCGCGGCUGGUGCAACCGCGAGAACCGAUACGACUCGCCGUUUUCACUUCGCCCGGUCCGACACGAUGUUUGAGUAGGCUCAGCGAGGCGCCGGCUCCUCGAGUUUGCUCCGUUCCUUCGCUGGGAGGCAACAGUCAAAAAACAACGAAGGUACAAUAUCUGGAACGAGAAAGUACUUUACAAGAGAGUUAGUAACGCAGCGCCGAUGACUGAAGUAGGAGAAAGCCACAAUUAGUCGUUUGCAUAAAUAAAUAACGCGUAAUUGUUCAAAAUAUAACCAACACGUACUGUUAAAUUCCUUUUUUAACUAGCCACGAUUUACGAACUUGUAGUUGGUACACCAUUUUAUAAUUAACGCACCAAUCCUAUCGACUGCGACAUUUAUAUGAAUAAUGCAACGAAAGACGUUUUCUAUCAGCUGUGAGCUACGUUUGUUUACUUCGCCCAUUAACGUAUCGCGACGGGGACCAUUGACACAGAAUUUCUCGCCUUUUGUGAUAUCCGUCUACAUAAAAAUAAAUUAGAUAGCACCGAGGAAGGUAUUACCGCGUAAAAUAAUGAAAGUUUUCGACAAACCAUUGAACGAAACUUGCGUGUCGUACGACAAUCUUUCAAGUAGUUGAUGCACGUGAAUAAAAAAAAGAAAAAAGAAAGGGGGACUGAAAAGUGUGCCGUACUAAGACAGCGUCAACGUUGAAGAAUUUAAUGUUCAUCCAGUCACGAGAAAUAGGGAUUCGAGUUUACCGGAUAAAAACACACACGAAAGGGUAGAAGCAGAAUGCCAGGAGGGCCGUGUAUGAAGGAGAGCAGCGAGGCGAUCAGAAUGGAGCCUCUAGGUAGAACCUGGAGUUCAAGAAGUCCCGGGCAAAACGAAACCGCCAACACUACCGAGGUGCUAGCGAAUUUAGGAGAUAGCAACACAGGAUUGCACAAACGUAGUAUUUAUGAGCACAAUGGAGUUGUGUGUUCUCAGAAAAGGGCUCUCUGCAUCGUCACCGUUGUAUUUGCGAUCUUAUUCGCUGUAUCGCUCAUCAUUGCCUUCGCGGGACCACAGAAUGACUGCCCCUGUGCUGGAGAGAAGCCAGCCAACCUGGAAAUCGAGGACGAUGAGAAAAGCAGUGUGCCUCUUGCGACUAAUGGAGAGGUGUUCCCCUGGAAUAAUGUCAGACUACCUAAGUUUGCGCAUCCAACCAGGUACAUCAUCAACAUCCAUCCAAAUCUUACCACCUUAGAAGUAAAAGGUCAGGUCACAAUCGAGUUCUAUGUCGAUAAAGAGACCAAUUAUAUAGUCUUCCAUAGCAAAAAUUUGACAAUAAAUGAAAAAAUGGUUCAAGACCGCAAAGGCCAUAGAUUAAAAAUUGCAAAGCUCCUAGAAUACCCGAAACACCAGCAACUAUACUUAGAACUGGAGGAAAGUAAAUUUCGAAAAAAGGGAUACUACUCGGUACACCUAAGGUUCAUCUCGAAUCUCACGAGUGAGCUCGAAGGAUUCUACCUUAGCAGCUACGUUACCCGAGAAGGAGAAAAGAGGUACUUGGCUACUACUCACUUUGAACCGACAUACGCACGUUCAGCGUUUCCAUGCUUUGAUGAACCACAAUUCAAAGCUAAAUUUAAACUUUCGAUAUUCAGGGAUAGGUUUCAUAUUGCGUUAUGUAAUAUGCCUGUCAUGAAUACCGAAGACGCGGGAUUUUACAUGGGAACGGGACUUCUUCGCGACGACUUCCAAGAGUCUGUUGAAAUGUCAACGUACUUGGUGGCUUUUGUGGUGUGCGAUUUCAAGCGGGUGUUCGUAUCGACAAAGAGGAACAUCACUGUAAGCGUUUACGCUGCGGAGGCUAUGCUUUCACAGGCCGGAUAUGCUGUAAACACUGCUGCUCGUACAAUGGAUUACUUUGAAGCUUUUUUCGGAGUCCAUUAUCCAUUGCCCAAGCAAGACUUAAUAGCUAUUCCUGAUUUUGCUGCUGGGGCAAUGGAAAAUUGGGGCCUAAUCACCUAUCGAGAAACGUCUAUACUCUAUGAUCCGAAAGAGACGUCAACGAAAGCCCACGAAUGGGUGGCGGUGGUUGUGGCCCACGAAAUAGCCCAUCAAUGGUUCGGCAACCUGGUCACUAUGAAAUGGUGGAAUGAUCUCUGGUUAAACGAAGGAGCAGCCAGUUUCUUCGAAUACAAAGGAGUAAAUCACAUCUCACCUGAAUGGGGCAUGAUGGAUCAGUUUAUUUUAGACAAGACUCAACCAGCUUUACAUCUCGAUGCCUUAACCACCAGCCACCCCAUAAGUGUAUCCGUGAAAGAUCCUAACGAAAUAGAAGCCAUUUUCGACGAAAUCAGUUACAGUAAAGGAGCUUCCAUUCUCAACAUGCUCGAAGGUUUUCUCUGUGAAGACGUUCUCAAAAGUGGAUUGAACGACUACUUGAACAUCCACGCGUAUAGGAACGCCGACACGAACGACCUUUGGGCAGUUUUCACCAAGCAUGCAAACCACACUUUUGACGUGAAAGCUAUCAUGGAUACGUGGACCCAGCAGAUGGGUUUUCCACUAAUCACGAUUACACGUGAUGGAAACACAAUCACGGCAACCCAGAAAAGAUUCUUAAUCUCGCCGAAAGAAAAUGAUACAGAAUCGUUACAACCAAAAUCGCCCUUUGACUACAAGUGGUACGUCCCGUUGACCUACUACACAGACAGAGAACCGCGCAAGCUUCACAACGUGUGGAUGAAUUUAACCGAUGUAACAUUCGAGAUACCUAACGACGUCGAAUACAUAAAAUGCAACGUGAAUCAAAAUGGAUUUUACCGUGUAACUUAUCCUGUGGAAAUGUGGUUGGCGAUCCUUGAAACUUUGAAGAACGAUCACACGAAAUUCAGUCCGGCGGACCGUGCUAAUCUUAUCGACGAUGUGUUUACACUUUGCGAGGCAGGUGAGCUAAACGCCACCAUACCUCUCGAGUUGUCACUUUAUCUUCUAAAGGAAACGGAUUACAUACCAUGGGCAACGGCUCUCGGAUACUUACACUCCUGGAAAGGAAGAUUAAGCGGAAGUCCCGGAUACAAGAGAUACGUUACAUUCUUCAAAAAAUUGUUGACGCCGGUUGUAAGCUCCGUCAGUUGGGGAGACGAAGGAUCUCAUUUAAAAAAACUUCUGAGAAUUGCCGUGCUUCAAUCAGCGGUGUCUGUAAACCUGCCCGAGGUUGUGAAUCAAGCGAAAUACCGUUUUCAGAAUUGGAUGUCAAGAGGCGAUACAAUCGCUCCUUACAUACGGGACGUCGUAUACGUUGCAGGAAUCAAAGUUGGUGGUGAGAAAGAAUGGGACUAUUGUUGGGAGUAUUAUCAAAAAACUCAAGUACCUAGUGAAAAAAGGAUAAUGUUGCAAGCGCUUGGAGCGACGACGGAUAGUUGGUUGCUACAGCGUUACCUUCUACAUUCGUUAAACCGAGAUAUUGUGAGAUCGCAAGACGUCGAAACUGUUAUAGCCUCCGUUGCUAGCAACGUCGACGGUCAGUUUCUCGCUUGGCGCCAUCUGAAAGCGUAUUGGCCGGAAAUACAUGCUCUAUUCGGAAACGGAUCCCUUACAAUGGGUGGACUAAUAUCUGUCGUCAUUUCUGAUUUCUUCACAGAGUACGAUUACCACGAAGUGUCGGAGUUCUUUAAGAAAGUAGAUGUCGGAAGUGGAAAACGAGCAUUAGAACAAAGCCUAGAAACAAUCAAGUUUAAUAUACAUUGGGUGAAAGAGAACGCUGAAGUCGUUGACCGAUGGUUAAUAAACUAUUUCGGGUACACGAGUUAACCCCUUGCUCGCCGGGAAUGGGACAAAAAUGACGCGAAAUUAUCAUUCAGUCAUUCCGUGACAAUGUUUACUUUUCUAAUGGUUUUUAUCGAGGUAUGAUACCCGCAACGGUCACGUGAUGCAUCCCACGAAAAAGUAAGAUUUUCGUUACUACACACGAGGUAAUUGAAUCAUUUAUUUACCACUCAGAUAUAAUUCGCAGAUCAAAAACGACCCAUUUCCGCCACGCGCGUCGAAAGAUUAUUUUCAUCGUGGAAAAAAACGUAUUAAUCUCGCGAAAAAUUGUCAAAAAAGUUGCCAGCUGGAAAGAAUCUUUCGACGCAUCAAAACAGAGUCGAAUUGUUUGUAUGUAACACAUUAUAUACCGAUUUAUACGCACUUUCGAAAGUAUUUAUUUUCUAUGCACGCAGUGCGUGCAAAUUGGACUACAAUGUAUAAAGAAAGAAAUUAUAGAGAGAAAAGAGACAACGUUGUUCCUAGGAUAGUCGGUAACCCAGCGUUUUCCGGAAAACGGGCCAACGAUGCAGGAAAAGAUAACGUUGCCACCUUAGUCUCCCAAAUAUACUGUACUUUAUUACAAGGAGUGACCAUAGUCGUCUCCACGUGAUACCCAAGCUCCAUUUCUGAUCCAUCCAGUACAUUAAUUAAACAGAAUGAAAUGGGCCUGCUGAACAUUGAAGAAGAAAUGCUACUUACGUAUGCCACGAAUCAGCAAUAUGGUCUGUAGAAGGAGUAGCCGUAACGUAGUUUGACAACACAACAAAAUUUUCAUUUCUUUAAUAAUUAUAUGUGAUGAUAAAUAUCAAUUGUACAGUCACAGAAAAUCGAGCGAUUAACAAUAUUUGGUCAUCGAUAUCGAAUCAUUGCAAAUACAGUACCUAAAAGUUCUUUGGUUGCUCCUAAGGCACACAGUGUGAUUUGCUGUAUAUAAAAUCAGGAAACGACGAUAAAUUGCGUUAGAGUUAAUCAAGUUAUGAUAGAAAAUGCCCAAAGUCGAUUGUGCAAACGGUCAGUUAUUAAAAGUAGCAUAUCAACGUUAGGGAAGUUUGACAGGUUAAAUCGGCCGAGUCUUGGUCAAACGGAAUUCUGGUCUCUCAACGGAUUCCUCUCGAGAAAUACUAAUCACACAAACAGAAAGUGGUCUCGAAUAAAGAAAAAAAAAGAAAAAAAAAAGAAGAAGAAGAAGAAGAAGAAGAAGAAGGAAACAUCUUCCGAGGAUUGUACGCCCUCAAAAUAAUCGCAACAGAUUGAUGUACCGUCUAUUAUGUAUUAAUGUUGCUGCAGGUUGCUGGAGGCGCGGGACACGUCUCGCGUGGAGCUGAUCAUUCUCCGUGUGAAGUAACAUAAUAGAGAAUCGGAUAUUUUAUUAUGAAAAAGUGUAUAAAUUUAUGUAUGUAAUCUUGUGAUGCUUUGUAUGGUGUGUACAUAUUAGCGUAAGAGAGUUGUGUGCCCUGUGUGAUCGGAUGUAUUACAAAAGGUAUCUAGAUGCAGAUAAGACACAUUAAUGCCAUGUUUGAACUGGCCUUGGGUAAAAUAUAUUCGUGCGAUUUCGGCAAAGUUGCUUUCUCGGUUCUUCUAAUUAUCGAUUGACAAUAAAGUUGCAACGAUAUAGCGGACAAGUAUCACAAAAGGAUUUGAAAAGUUAAUUUAGCGAACACGAUCUUCUAGACACAGGAAUAAAAUUUCUGUUGAUAAUAAAAAUAUGUCGAGCUAUCGCGUUUAGAUUAUUAUUUUCUGAGAGCCAUUUUUUUGCUUCUCUGUCAUCUUGCUGUUUCUAUGAUACAUAGUAGUAGUCUGCCGAAUCUCACGAAUAUCGAACCUCGAGUGUUGCCAUCGCUCUCAUUAAAAAACGAACCACUCAGAGAAAAGAAACAUUCACCAUCACGAUUAGCUCUCACGCUAGAGUACAUAGUACUCGAUCGAUAUUUAUACAUGAUCUACCGACAAACUGCCGACGAUGCUUGCAACUUGAAUUUCCCUUGGGGAAGUAGAAUUCUUUUCGAGGUUUACGCCACUUUUCACGUGUAUUCGAUCGAGCCGAUAACUUCAUCCUCCGACGGAUCAAAUUUCUUUGUAAAUUCGUCAAUUUUUACCAUGUUUCGAAUCUUCCAGCCGAAAUUAUACACGCAUGUUUACAUCUGAAAUCGGACAAUUCUGUAAAUAACGGCUGCACGAAUCUUUUAUUAACCCUUUAAGUAGAUUUUGAUACACUCCAACGGCGAAUUAAUGAAUCGACGCACAACUAGAUACCUUACGUGUAAAUAGGAUAUUUUUUCACUAACGGAUAUUCUCUCUUGUUAAAGAUUUAAUGAACAAAAUCGCUCCGUGAUGUAUGUGGAGGCGCCUGGUUUGCCGGUUUAACCGAUUGGCCUACUUUACAACGUAUAAUAUCCGAAUCUACUCGUUUAAGAAGUAAUAUGCAACUCUCUCCUUGCUUUCGUUUCAAGACAAGAAUCACACAGAUUGUCAUGUUCCUUUAAAGAUCUGUUUGUAAUUGCGUAAGAUUGUCGUGAGAAAUCGUUUACGACUAGCCGAUAGUUUCCCCUUUCUCAUGAUAAUUGGUCAAUAAUACUUUGUUGUGUUACUAUACGAAGGUCUAACAGUAUUAGAGAAAAGCUCAUAUUGAGGUGUUACAGAUAACAUCGAAUACGAAUAAUAUGACAUAUUUCUUUUCAAAUCUAAAGCGAUUUGAAUGUAAAUCUAGCCCACUAGAUGCGGGAUAAACCGAUGCAAAAGUUCUACCGAAAGACUGGACAUCAGAGUAAUCAAGAAGAGUACAUACCUACAUGUAUUUUAUGCAAUCACAACCCGAUACCGUUACGACUUAAGAGAAUGAGGCUGUCUUGCAUCUCGUAAUUAUGAAUGAAUUAUUGAUAUGAUUAUACAGUAAUUACUUGAAAGAUGUUUGGUCUGCCGAAACUGUUAUAUCACUAAACAUCCAUCGCCGAUCGCUAGCAGACACCUUUCAGGGGAAUACUGUAUGUUGUACACUGUUCUUUACUGUACUGUUCUCAUAGAUAUUUUGUUGUAUCAAAUAAAUACGAGAUAUGUACAAGCAUACAAAUGAAUAUAUUAUAUGUUU